UAUCAACCAAGCACAUGCCACCGCCGCCAACGUACUCGAGCGCAGAGCUCGCAUCGCUUUUCCAUUCCGUGGCCAAGCACGUGGAGGACCUCAACCGGCGCGACGCCGUUCUCGUCCGCGUCUCUGCGCCGUCGGACGCGCAGAUCGCUUCGUGGAUUGCCCACGCCGAGUCGUUCCAGCCCAGCAAGCACCCCGUUUCGGUCGCGACGCCGAGCCCAACGACAGAGGCGCCCGGCUCGCCUACGGAGCGUAGCCCUCCGCGCGGCAGUCGGCGGGCCAGGGGCAGCCAAUUCACGCUCGUCGCGGGCAAGCAGCGAGCGAUCUCCGUCGCGGAGCUGUCCAUGGUCAAGGCGGUGAUGCGGCACCGCAGCCUCGAACUCGCGCACGCCAAGCGGCGAAACGACAAAGAAGGGGACGAGAAGCAGAAGUCGGCACCGCGCCACCGCCGCAAGGCGGUUGUCGCGAGCCAUGUGAGCAUGGCCAAAGCGUCGGCCACGGCGGGCAAGCAAGCGCUCAUUUCCGAGCUCAUUCACGCCACGUCGUUUACGAUGCAGGAUAUCUUCCAGAUGAGUUGUCAAUUCAAGGAGCUCGCCAUGGCCAACGGCACGAUCACCAGCGACAACUUUAGCACCAUUAUCGGGAGCCAUUUGGGCAAACUCGUGUCGGGCGUCAACCUCGUGUCCGAGCAAGGUGUCUCGUCCAUUGGCGAAACCAUUUCGUCGUCGGCGUCACUCAUUAGCCGCCUCUACCAUGUCUUUGACAAGGACGGCAAUGGCACGAUCGAUUUUCGAGAAUUUAUCAUCGGCCUCAACAGCCUCGUCCAAGGCUCGCUCGAGCAAAAGCUCGACGCGCUCUUUGUUGUCUACGACAAGGACGGGAGCGGCACGAUCUCGGUCUCGGAGCUCGUCUUGAUUCUAAACGGCGGUCAAGAAAAGAUGAGCCAGCUCGCAGUCUACAUGGACAACUAUUUUGCGACCGUCGACACGAACGGGGACAACGUGAUCACCGAGGACGAGUUCUUGGCCGCGACCAGUGUCGAGCCGCUGGUGCUCGAUGCGCUCACCAAGUCCCUCGCCUUCAGCCGCCAAACCGGCUACCAAGUGCGACAGAGCCUGCGCUGCUUUUGCGACCGCGCUAAACUCGACUGGGCAGCGAUGCUCUCGAUGCUCGAAGACGUCAACGACUCGACGCGCAUCGAGGUCGAGGCCAAGCACCUUCGCCGCCGGCUUAGCACGGGCACCUCGGGGUACGUGGCGCCGCCUGCCCCGCUCCGCGUCGACCAGUUUGAGCACAUGCUGGCGUCGUACUUUCACGACCAGCUGCCUGAAGACGCAGCCCUCUUGCACGAGCUCUCGACAGCGUACGCGCCGACGGAGGCGCACGGGAAACUGAACGCGCGCGAGUUUCUCGGUGACGUCGCCGGGUAUCUCUGGUCACUGCUCUUGAACUCGGGGCAUGACGAGUGCUGCGCUCGGUUUUACUUUCGGUUCUACGACUACGACAGCGACGGGUGCAUCACGCGCGAAGAGUUGAGCAGCGUCGUCUGCGCGAGCUUUGGGGCCAUGGGCCAAGACUUGCUCGACACGAUGAAGCUGCUCCAGGAGAUCGAUACCAACGGCGACGGCGAGCUGAGCAAAGAAGAGUACCUCGAGGCCGCCAAACGCAUCCCGAUUCUCCUGGCCUCCAUUUACAUUUGCAUCUAA